CAGGCUUCUGCAGGGGCAGCUGAUCAGGACCCACGGCUUGUGUGGCUGAAAGGGUUUUUUUCCAGGCGCUCUCGCUGGCUGCCAGAACAGGUUUGUGCUGCAGGAAGCCGAACCUCCUCCUUGCAUGAAAACACUCUGCAAACAUGGCUGGGAAAAUUCAGAGUCUGACUGAAGAGGAGAGAACCCACCUACUCCCCCUGCUACGCAACGCUCAGUGGGUGGAGGUUGUGGGACGGGACGCCAUUUACAAAGAGUUUAUUUUCAAAGACUUCAAUCAGGCUUUUGGUUUCAUGUCCAGAGUGGCUUUGCAGGCAGAGAAGAUGGACCAUCACCCUGAGUGGUUCAAUGUUUAUAAUAAGGUCCAGAUCACUCUGAGCACACAUGACUGUGGGGGGCUGUCCCAGCGGGACAUCACUUUGGCCACCUUCAUUGACCAGGCAUCCCUGAUGUGAGCGACCCUUCAUCAGCUCCUCGCCCUUCAUUCAUCUGAGGAAUCUGUAACCAUGUGACCUGCCAAUCCAAAGAUGCCUUACUUAAAUGUACCUCUGGGUACUGCAAAGGGUCCAAUGUGUGUAUUAAAGAAUUGUUAGUUCUACGUGUGAUGAAUAGAUUAUGAACCAAUGGUAGAAUGAUGUUUACACUUAAAAGACUUCAAGUAAAUCCUAAGCAAACAUUGAAUUAUUACAGAUAGCAUUCAAUGUACAUGUGUUCCUCUCACUUGGGUUUUAUGGGCCAUGUUUUAGUGCAUUUUUUCUGUCACUCUCCUUGUUAUGAAUAAAAAAAC